AUGCUGGGUUCAUCUUCACAAUUUAAGCAAAUCAUUGUAAAGAAAACAAACGUUCCAUAUGAAUUGAGAUUUAUUGACAUCAGAAAUUAUAUAGCGGGCGGGACAUUAGACCAAUUCACUCAAGAUUUCGGAAACAAUAAAUCACGUGUUAAAUCCUUUUUCCCUUAUCAAUUCAUCACAUGGGAAAAUUACGAAGAAGAAUUAUAUAAAGAGGAACCAUUCACGAAAGAUUCAUUUUAUUCAGCAUUAACUCAAGAAACUAUAUCAGAUAGUGAUUAUCAAAUAUAUCUCAAUGAUGCUAAAAAUUUUAAGAAUAGAUUAGAAUAUUUUAUUCAUUAUUGCAAUAAAGAUGUUGAAAUUAUGAUUGACCCAAUUGAUAAAAUUAUUGAAGAAACAUUUGUUUAUAAAAUUGAUAUGCUUCAUAAUCUUUCUUUAUCAUCGAAUGCUUCAAUGAUUCGUUACGCUUUAGCAUAUAAAGACUUUAAUCCUAAUGAAAAAUAUCCUGAGGAAGAGAUAGAAUCAAGUUUUGAAUUAACGAAAAAGUAUUGGAAAUAUAAAAUUGAAUCAUAUAAGAAACAAGAUGAAAAAGCAGAAAGGGAUACUAAAAAUAAUGUUUCAAUGGAUGAUUUUCAAUACUAUCACGAUUUAAUCCUUUCAUCUAAAUGCAAAAUGUGUGGUAAAGCGUUUACAUAUGCAAAUAAACCAACAUUGGAUAGAAUCGAUAAUGAAAAACCACAUACCAAAGAAAAUUGUCAGUUAAUGUGUUGUUAUUGCAAUGUCGUAAAAUCAAAUAAAGAUGAAGAUGUUCAACGUUUAAGAAUCAAUUUAAGAAAUUAUGCAUUAAAAAAUAAUUUACCAAUGACUUUAGAUUCAGUUGAAGCUUAUCACAUUCUCCGUAAUGGAAUUACUGGUGGUUUAUCAAAUGUUCAACAUAGAGUAAAUCUUAAAGGAAUCACGCACAUUAAUAAACUUUCAUAUAGUCCAGAAACUAAAACUGUAUCAAAUGAGGACACCACCAACAUUAUGACUCAUUUCGUUGGUGUUGACUUUAAUUCAUUAUAUCCUUCAUCAUUUUCAUCUAAUCCUCAUGAUUUCAUUCAAUAUACUGACCAUAAAAUGUAUAUGCCGGGAAGAUUGAAUGGUGUUAUCAUUUGUGAUACAGCAAUAAAGAAAGCAAAAGCACUGGGAAUAAUUAAGAAGAAAAAUACUUUAUUCGUUGCUGAAGUAAAGGGUCACAUUGAUGAAAAAUACAUUAAUGAUUACAUAAACUUUUUACCGAUAAUAAGAAACUUAGAUAUUAUCACAGAUGAAAAAACAAUUGGCAGUUUUAUGUAUAAUUACAUGAAAUCAAACAAUUUACCAGUUGACCAGAAACAGAGGAAAUUAACUCAGUUAGCAUCAACACACAACCAAUAUCAACCAUUUUCUUCUUAUUAUCUAUGGUAUCUAAUCGACAGGUUUAAUUUUAUCAUUGAUGAUAUUCAAUCAAUUUUAACAUUUACAAAAAACACUUGUUUUAAUGAAUUUGCGAACGAAUUUAUGAACGAAAGACAAAAGGCUGAAUUAGAAGGAAAUAAAGGAAAAAGUUUAUUUUGUAAGAUUUCGCUUAAUGGAUCAUAUGGUUACGAUGCAAUGAAUACACAAAAUUACGCAAAGACUAAAAUAAUGAAUGCACAGAAGGCACGCGUUGCAUGUAUGUCAAAUAAGUUUAAAAACAUAAGAGAAAUAGGUGAAGAUACAUAUCAAGUGAUGCUCAAAGAUAGAUUUUAUAGAUGUGAUACAUGUUUACAAAAGGCAUUUUUUACUUUAGAUAAUGCUAAAUACUGGUAUUUAGUUUUCAUUUAUGAUUUUAUGUAUAAAUGCAUGAAUCUUAAUCGUUUUCAUUUCAUUGAAGGUGAUACUGAUUCAUCUUAUUGGGCUAUUGCUGGCGAUCCAAGUCUUCCUAACACUCAAGCAUUUCAGGCGAUUGUAACCGAUAAAAAAUUUUAUGAUAAAAACAUUUUCAAAUUCGCACCAUUUGAUUUCUUCUGUUUUGAUGAGAAAUUUAAACCUAAAUUAAAGAAUAAAGCUGAAGAAAAAGCACAUGAGAAAAAAUUAUUGGGUUUAGCAAUUGAGAAACAAGGUGAUAACAUGGUUGCUUUAUGUCCUAAGUGUUAUACAUCAUUCAACGGUUCAAUCUAUGGAAGUGAUUUUAAAAAGAUUGCACAAAAAAUGAAGGGUGUUAGUUUAAGACAAAAUAAGCAAUUAACACCUAAAAAAUAUUUGGAUAUAAUAAAUGAUAAAGUGAUAUUUGAUGGUCAAAAUAUUAAUUUACAACUUAAAAACGGGUCAAUGACUCGCUUAACAAUUGGUAAGACUGCAUUAACAGGAGCACACACUAAGGCCGUAUGUUGUGAAAAUGGAUGUUGUAUGCCAUUUAUUUAA